AUAGUUGUAAACAUAAGUGAUUCAAGAUCAUGCCAAAAUAAACAGUUUUUUAACUCUUUCGAUGGAACAGAAGAAAAUUUCGAGAUAGAAGAGAAAGAAGUAGGAGGCAAGAUGAAUUGCGCGCUUAAGUAGUUCCAUGUGGGAGUUUUCUCCUGGAUUUAACAUUAAGAUAACCAAUGAGUCACAACAUAAAGGGCCUGGUUCAGGACAGCAGCAGCAAGCAGUGUGUGCCGCUCUGCUCCCUGGCGGAUCUCAAACUACGGUUCUUAUGUCCUAGUGACUUACCAGAGGUAAAAACACUUUGUCGCCAGUGGUUUCCUAUUGAAUAUCCAGAUGUUUGGUAUGAAGACAUUACGACAAAUCCACAUUUCUAUGCACUAGCAGCUACUCUACACAUGCAGAUAAUUGGGCUGCUUGUGGCUGAGACCAAACCCCUUUCCAAAAUGAACAAAGAGGACCAAGACAUACUCCCACCCUCCCUAACGGGACAGACUCAGAUCGGGUAUAUCCUAACCUUGGGUGUGAGUGACUCAUUUCGUGGCCAUGGGAUUGCCUCGUUGCUGCUAGACAACUACUUGGGUCAUUUGACAGCCCACGAGUCACCACAAGUACAAGCUGUCUUGCUGCAUGUCCUCACGACUAAUCAACGAGCCAUUACCUUUUACCAGCGACGCAAUUUUGUAAAGCAUACUUUUCUACCUUAUUAUUACAACAUUAAAGGAAAGCCGAAGGAUGGAUUCUCCUACGUGCGCUAUAUUAAUGGAGGACACCCACCUUGGACUCUGAUAGAUUACUUUCAGCAUUGGACGAGAGCACUGUCUGUGAUGGAGGUAUGCUGGUGGCCAGUCAGAGUUGUUGCAAAGUUUUGGGGGCUUAUUGCUCGCUCUGCAACUGCUGUUAUGACACACCGACUGUCGUAGCACAAGGAAAAUGACAAGGAGAAUAAACUAACAAAUCUUGAUUAUGUGUCAAACAUGCUGAAAUGGGAACUAAAUUGUACAUUUGCUGUUGUCACGAGAUGAAGUAAGAAUAGGUCUCUUGCCAAAUAUAUUAAUGUUAAUUUGUUUGUGUAUGUGUAUGUGAGU